CUAUGUAGGGAUCCCUGUGAAGCACAGGUGUGUUCAGUAAUGACUGCCACUCAUGAUCUACUUAGGAUUUCACCUGUGCUCUUUCAGGGAGCAAAGAAAUCAUUCUCAUUACCCGAACACUCAUAUACACAGCUUUGCUGCGGCCACAGCAGGAUGUACACAGAGAAUGAAACAAUAUCCACACUUGCCGAGAUUACAUGUGACACCUCAGUUCAGUUACACACCCAUCAUGGCAAGAGACUUAAGGGUCUCCAUGGACCAAGACCUACAAGUUAACAUUACGCCUAGAGAGCCUAAGAAAUUACCCAAACAGGCUCGGGAAAGCUCAGCAAUGACUGACGACCGCUCCCAUAUCAUAACUGAACACCGGAAGCCACGGCAGAGGUAUAUGGAGAAAGAUGGAAAGUGCAAUGUACAUCAUGGGAAUGUGAAAGAGACUUACCGCUACUUUAGUGACCUAUUCACCACCCUGGUGGACCUAAAGUGGCAUUUCAGCCUGUUCAUCUUUACCCUUGUGUAUACGGUCACAUGGCUCUUUUUUGGGCUUAUCUGGUGGUUUAUCGCUUAUAUCCGAGGGGAUUUGGAACAUCUGGAGGACAAAAGCUGGGUGCCUUGUGUGCAGAAUCUCAAUGGCUUUGUCUCUGCAUUUCUCUUUUCCAUUGAAACGGAAACCACCAUUGGCUAUGGAUACCGGGUAAUAACCGAGAAGUGUCCUGAGGGAAUUGUCCUACUUCUGAUUCAGGCGAUCCUGGGCUCAAUUGUCAAUGCGCUAAUGGUGGGCUGCAUGUUUGUAAAGAUCAGCCAGCCUAAAAAGCGAGCGGAGACCCUGAUGUUCUCCAAUAACACAGUGAUUUCCCUGAGAGAUGGGAAAUUGUGUCUAAUGUUUCGUGUGGGAGAUCUCCGCAGUUCACAUAUUGUUGAGGCCUCCAUUAGAGCCAAGCUCAUGAAGUCCAAGCAGACCACAGAAGGAGAAUUUAUCCCCCUCAAUCAGACGGACAUCAAUGUUGGUUUUGACACCGGGGACGACCGGCUUUUCCUAGUCUCCCCACUCAUUAUUUCACAUGAAAUCAAUGAGAAGAGCCCGUUCUGGGAUAUGUCCCGUGCACAGCUGGAAACUGAGAACUUUGAAAUUGUAGUCAUUUUAGAAGGCAUGGUGGAAGCAACAGGAAUGACUUGCCAAGCACGCAGCUCCUAUGCGGACAGAGAGGUCUUGUGGGGGCACCGCUUCACUCCAGUCCUUACUCUGGAAAAGGGAUUUUAUGAAGUGGAUUACACCAGCUUUCAUGACACCUAUGAGACCCCCACACCCAGCUGUAGUGCCAGAGAGCUGAAGGAGCUUCAGAGAGGGGACCGUUACUUCCAACACCUCUUCACAGCACAGAUGAAUGAGGGAACCCAAAAUGGGGCGCCAAAGUCAGAAGAUACCAAAAUAGGGGAGGCAACCUGAUUGAAGUGUAAGAAGCAAAAUGACGUCUGUGGGGAAAUGUUUCUCCUUCUCUGGCUAGAGAUGUGAUAAAGGAAAUACAAUUGAUUCAUUUGUACGGUAGCGAUUGCUUGAGUUCCGAUGUGCACUUCUAGGAAGAGAUGUACUCUCCUUCCUGGGGAGUUGUGGAAAGAGAGAAAAAGGGCCCUUCCCUCUGACCCUGGAGGCAAUACUCAUUGGGGCUUUAGGUUCUCAUUGCGCCAUAGAAAGCAUUUAGUCGUGCACUUAUUUAGCAGCAUCGUCCUACAGUACAGCAAUGCCCAGUGACUGCCUAGCUCUGUUGCAGAGGUUUUAUAGUCCUGUCACACUGUUUAUGUAUCACAUGGUAUAUCUCUUCCCGUUGCUAAGAUAGGUAUCUUUCUACCGACUUCUCUAGUAUUCUCCUUACCUUGGUAACAAGAGAACUAGUCCACAUUGUACGAAAAUUAAAAAUUGUUUACUUUGUAUGUUCACAAGUGUGCACCGAAAUCCAGACUGUUCCUGGUCCAUGUUUUUCACCGUGUGCAGGACUAGUGGGAUGUGUUAUACAGAUAUAACUUUCACUGCUGUUGAGAGUAUGGAAAUAGAAAUGUAAGAAUAAAAUAAAACUACCAAUUUAUAAUGUAAA